UGCGCUAAAUAAGCCAGUCAGGAGCGAGGUUUUAGAUCACUGAAAUUCCUCAGCUAAUGAGAGAGGAGGAUGCUGCUGCCUUACGGCACCUGCGUCAAAGUCCGCUUACUUUACUCAAGACUGUUGGUGACUAAAGUGCUUACACAUUUGGAGGCAUUUGGAUGUAGGUGAGCCGCCUCAUUCGUGCUCUCCGUACCCCCUUCCCACGUCUAUCGCCCGGACGGCCACUGACUGCGUUCGGUGUCCUCCCCGCGGUACCCGAAUCAUGCCUGUCCCCGCUGGAUACCUCCGUAACACCCCCAUGGCCUUCACAUCCUCGGCCUCGCUUAUCCCGGCUCCCCCGAUCAACACCCACCAGCCCGGGGUUGUCGCCUCGCUUCUGUACAGCGGCUCCAAGUUCCGAGGACACCAGAAGAGCAAAGGCAACUCUUACGAUGUCGAGGUUGUUUUGCAGCAUGUGACCAUGGAAGCCUCAUACUUGUGUGGGUACUUGAAGAUCAAAGGGUUGACAGAGGAGUACCCCACUCUGACUACGUUCUUUGCUGGGGAGAUCAUCAGCAGGAAGCGUCCAUUUCUUACCAGGAAGUGGGAUGCAGAUGAGGAUGUGGAUCGCAAACACUGGGGCAAAUUCCAAGCCUUCUACCAGUAUGCAAAAACGUUCAACUCGGAUGAGUUUGACUAUGAUGAGCUGAAGAACUCUGACUACAUUUUCAUGAGGUGGAAGGAGCAGUUCCUGGUCCCUGAUCACACCAUUAAAGACAUCAGCGGUGCUUCCUUUGCUGGUUUCUACUAUAUCUGCUUCCAGAAGUCCACAGCCACCAUUGAGGGGUACUACUACCACAGGAGCUCAGAAUGGUACCAGUCUCUGAACCUCACCCAUGUUCCAGAACACAGUGCAGCCAUCUAUGAGUUUCGGUGACCCAGGAAUUGUGGCUCUGUUGGCUCAGAAGGACUGUAAAGGCCUGCAGAAGCUACUGAGGCUGGGGAAGGACUGGGGAGAAGGGAACAUGGAAACUGUUGUUACGAUUACCAAGAGUACAUCUGAGGAUGAAGUAAAGGAAAUUAUGGAUUUAUUGAUGGACAGAUGGAAGGAGGUAUUUUAGGCUGGAGCCUUCACAGAUUAAGGGAUGGAAAGAUGGAUGCAAAAGACUGAGGGAAAGGACUGCUCUGCCCCAGGGCAGGCAGGAACUUCAGUCGUAAGAUUGGGGCAGACAGUUGCAGCAGUGUGAUGCUUUAUAAUUUCUUAAUUUGUUUUAAUGUCUGGUUUAAAAUAUAUUGUUUUCUUUCACUCUGCUGCUUUGAGGUCGAGUCCUGGACUCCAUUACUACAGCACUUAUCUUUGGACACUAUAAAUACAGCUGAAGAUUCCCUCUUGGGGACUUGUCUGCUGUUAUCCAAUCACAGCUGAACAGAUCUUGGACAAGGAUUCUUCUAGAAUUUUACUCUAUCAAAUGCUGGGUCAAUUUUGAAGCUGAAUGAAUGUCAGCGUUUGGAAUAAAGUUUACUGAUCUUUGAACUACAGGUCAGGCAUCUUUUGGAUUGGAGCUUUAAAGACUUUAUAGCUCAUUGAAUGACAGUGUUAUUGUUUUAUUGGACAUCUCAGCUAACUUCUCUGAUUGCCUGUGAAGAGAUUUUGCAAGUUCUAUCUUCAGCUACCCAUUGUAAAGCUUCAGAAGACAGAGUAAUGAGUGUCUGGAGGUCUCUGACUAAUGAGGUAACAUUCAUGAUUGCUUCUGUUACUGGAUUUAUUUGCCACCAUUGUUGUUUAACUCCAGUGCAACACUGCUAACUCAGUGUACAUACAUAACGCCACACGUAGAUCCUGGUUGGAUUUGACAUGGAAUCAUGUUAUUAGCCCCAUGCAGUCGGAAGCAUUUUACUUUUCACUGACAAAAAAUCCAUGCCCCCUCAUCGUUAACUAUGCAACAUUAUUUAACAGUACAACUCUGACUUCAACCAUACAACUUGUUUUCAGAAAACAGAUUUAUUCUAUCAUGAUAGUAUUAAAUGUGUCUCUUUCUCAUUAAAGGAAAUAUUGUGUCUAAUUGCCUUUUUAAAGCAGUCCCUUGCCAUGGAAUGGUGCCAACUUUUUAAAGCUUAUCAAAAUGUGUGUGUGUGUUUGUGUGUGUGUGUGGACUGAAAGUAGAUUGGUGUGACUAUGAGGAAUGGAGUAAAUCAUAUCAAAACGCCUUGUCUUUUUCUUGAAAAAUAAAUGACUGUUGUAUUAACUGUACUGCAAUGACAUACUA